CUUCUCGUCACCAUCUACAUUGCCUACAUUGCCUGCUAUUCCACUUCCGAUUUACAGCCUAAAAUAUGCGACGAUGUGUUUCCCGCCAGAAAAAUUCCGUGUUCCGGACUGAUCCAGUACUGACUGCUUAUGGCUUCACGCAGCCACUCCACCAUUUCCCAAGACAAAACUAUCAUAGUUGCCAGCCGUCUUCAGGACCCAUCCCCCGUUCUCGACAGCAACAGCGAUCUAUCUUUCAAAGCAGUCAUUCUAUCGCCUGUAGGCGAAGCCUCAACACCAAUGCGGUGGUCAAUCCCAAGAUCCCGGCCAGCGAGAUUUCUAACUUCGCCUUCGCAUUCGACAUUGACGGCGUUCUCCUACGAUCCUCGAAACCUCUGCCCGGAGCGACUGAAGCCCUGCUAUAUCUACAGAGGAAUAGCAUCCCAUUCAUACUUCUGACUAAUGGAGGAGGGAACCUCGAAAGCGAGCGAGUUAAGCAGUUAAGCAAGAAGCUUGGUGUCCCUCUGUCAGAGGACAAUUUCGUUCAGUCACAUACACCGUUCAAAUUAGUAGUAGAGUCGCUCAGCGAGCGCAGAGGGAAGUCUUUGGAAGAGACGACAGUUCUGGUCACUGGCGGAGAUGGAGGAAAAUGUCGACUCGUCGCUGAAUCGUACGGAUUCAAAAACGUAGUUAUUCCUGCAGAUAUCCUUGUGGCCUGUCCUGCCAUAUGGCCGUUUAGCAAGAUCUUCUCCGAUACAUACAAAAGUUCCGCCCGACCCCUCCCCCAUCCGAUCGACCCCGCGAAUCCCGAAAAGUCUCUCCAAAUCGAUGCGAUAUUCGUUUUCAAUGACCCCCGAGACUGGGCGCUAGAUACGCAAAUUAUCAUGGAUCUUUUGAUGUCAAAGAAUGGCGUACUUGGCACGGUCUCGGAGAAGAAUGGCGAUGAAUCCCUACCCAAUUUCGGAUAUCAACAAGACAUGCAGCCCAAGCUAUACUUCUCGAAUCCAGAUCUUCUCUGGGCAGCAGCCUAUCAUAUGCCAAGACUCGGGCAAGGCGGUUUCCAAGCUGCACUUGCCGGUGUAUGGAACCAAGUGACAAGGGCGAAAUUGAAGCGUACUGUGAUCGGCAAACCACACGCAGCUACAUAUUUAUACGCGGAGACAGUACUCCAAAAGCACAGGACAAAGCUUUUAGGCAAACUCGUAGGUAACAGCAUCAGGAAGAAGAAGCAUGAUGUUGGUCUGUUGUCGAGAGUAUUUAUGGUUGGUGACAACCCUGCGAGUGAUAUCCAGGGUGCAAAUAAUUUCGCUAGUGCACAGGGCAUUCCGUGGACGAGUAUUCUUGUAAAGACAGGGGUUUUUGAAGAUGGUACUGAGCCAGCAUACAAGCCAAAAGUCAUUGUGGAUAAUGUGCUUGAUGCCGUGAAGUGGGCUUGCAAGCAAGAGGGUUGGAAAGAUAACGAGAAGCUGAUUGGGAAGUGAAAAGCUACUUCUUGCACUUCUUAUAGAAGAGAUGACAGCUGCGAUUUAUGGGCUCGACUAAGCAUCAUCUCUCAUCUUUGCAAGACAUGGGUGUCUCGGCUGCGUCUCAGUUCGUGGUUGCUAACAGCCAACUUCUAUCCUGCUGCAGUGGUAUUACUUAUACCACGGAAAGUGGGGAAGAGACGAAACCACCUGGUACCAAAUGGAAUGACAAAGUCAGCUUUGGUUAUGUUGUCGUGUAAUAUAGAAACAGAUAAGGGGGUAGAUACUACUAGACAAGAUUCGACCAAGAAUAGAGCAUUUCAUGUCUCGUCAAG